AUGUUGAGAAUUGCUUUGGUUGUGAUUCUGUUCCAGGUUGUUCUGCAAACUGGUUGCACAGAAGCACUUUGCUGUGAUGAAAUCAGAUCUGAUAUAAAAAAUCGUACCCUCGCUUACAACUUAUUGUGUUCAAAAAAAGAUCCAAAGCUUGAAUCAUGCUGUGGUGUCAUAGAACGGGAAAUUGAAAAGCAUAAACUGGCGCUCAAAAUACUGUGUAACAACGUUACAAGAAAAAGUUGUGCUGAUCUUUAUAAAUCUGGAGUAAGAAAAGAUGGUGUGUAUACCAUUGAUCCUGAUGGCCAGGGAUCUUUCAAAGUCAGAUGUGAUAUGAGCACAGACGGGGGUGGCUGGACCGUGUUCCAAAGAAGACAAGAUGGAAGUCAAGAUUUCUACCUUGGAUGGUCAGACUAUAAAGCAGGCUUUGGUGAUCUUAACCGCGAGUUCUGGUUGGGCCUUGAUAAAAUACAUCGUUUGUCCAAAUCUGGUCAAAAUGUAUUGAGAGUUAAUUUGAUGGAUUUAAAUAACGCUAAACGUUACGCUCAAUAUGGAACGUUUAGUGUGACUGAUGAAUCGCACAAAUACAGAUUGACUAUUGGCAAAUAUUCAGGUACCGCAGGUGAUGCCCUGUCUUAUCACAAUCAAAUGAAGUUCUCUACCAAGGAUAGCGACAAUGAUGCUUGGUAUCGGAAUUGUGCUACGACCUGGAAAGGAGCUUGGUGGUACAAGAGCUGUUGGCAUUCCAACCUCAAUUAUGGCCGGUAUGGAGCCAAUGGAAUAAGAUGGAACACUUUGAGAAAAGAAAUGAAAAAGACGACGAUGAAAAUUCGUCCAAACCAGUUUUAAAAUAAAGAGGAGCUUUAGGA